AUGAAACAUGUUUCAAAUAGAAUGCUUAAUUAUCUUGAGCCUUAGAUGUAUGCUAAAUUUACAAUGUUGGCUAAUCAGAAAGGAUGUGUUAACUUAGGUUAAGGAUUUCCAAACUUUGCCCCUCCUUAAUUUUUGAGAGAAGCACUCUCCGAGGAAGCCUUGACUGAAUAGUUAUAAUAUACUAUGACUGCUGGUCAUCCUAAAUUACUUAAUUCUGCAGCAUCUUUCUUUUAUAAAAGAAUGGGAUUAUAAAUAAAUAUAGAGAAAGAAAUAGUAGUGAGUUCAGGAGCCUAAUCAGUACUUUGCUGUUUAAUGUAAGGUAUUUUAAAUCCAAAUGAUGAAGUAAUUGUAUUUGAUCCAGCUUUUGGUAAUUAUUAUAUGAAUAAAAAAAUAGAUUUGUAUAGACCUUUGAUUGAAUUCUCAGGUGGUAAACAUAUUGGUAUACCAAUUAAACCAAAAGUUUUAAAUAAUAAAGAAAUGAUGUUGAAAAGAUAUUCGAAUGGGUAAUUCAUUUAUUCUAAUGAUGAUGAAUGGGAAAUAGAUUUCACCCAUUUAGAAUAAGUUAUAAAUUAAAAAACGAAAUUGAUCAUUUUAAAUUCACCGAUGAAUCCUAUUGGAAAGUAUAUAUUUAAAUUUAUUUUUGAAUAUUUAAGAAUGAGGAAUAUAAUAAAUUAGCAGAAAUCUUAGAAAAAUACCCAAAAAUAAUUGUUUGUGAGGAUGCUGCAUAUCAUCAUAUAACAUUUUAGAAUAAUGAACCUUUCAUAUAUCCUAGGUGUAUCACUCAUCCAAAAUUAAAAGAGAAAUCUGUUUGUGUAAUGAGUGCUGGC